ACCUUUACCAGCAGCCGGAGUCGGCGAAGCGCCCGCGCUCGGAAGGGCGGGAAGUGGCGGCGCAGGCGGUCGCUUCCGGCGGACGGGAAGGCGGAAGCUCGCGCGGAACGUUUGGUCUCAGAGCGCGAGCGAGCAAUUGCCGGUCCUCAGUGCCGAGGCUGAGGGGAGCCGGAGAGAGAGAGAGUGAGUGAGUGUGAAGGGAACCCGGGGUGAGAGAGAGAGAGUGAGGGGGAUCCCGAGUGUGUAAAAGAGGGGCAUUCAAAGUGUGAGAGGGGGAGUGAGGGGGUCCCGGAGGUUGAGAGAGAUAGUGUGAGGGAGUGAGGGAGGGAGUGCGAUAAGGAGGAAGAGAGGGUAGCCAAAGUGAGAGAGAGAGAGAGAGAGAGAGAGAGAGAAAGAAAGGAGGCAGUGAGUGACCCGGAGUCCCGAGGGGAGGGAGUGGACAGGUAUCCAGAGUGUGUCGGCGUUUGAAGCUCGGACUGGGUCCGGGAGCUGGAGUCUGAGGGACCAAGAGCAGAGUCACAGAGGGUGAGGGCUUGCCAGUGACGGUGAUCCGGAGUCCCGACAGGGUACCAUGUUCAGCUGGCUGUCUGGUUCUGAGGCCUCUGGGAAGGACUCGAUGGUGUUUGAGACGGUGUCCGAUGGACUGCGGUCCCUGUACCACAAGAGGCUGCAGCCCCUGGAGGAUUACUACCAGUUCCAUCAGUUCCACUCGCCCGCUCUGGAGCAGGCUGACUUCGAGAAUAAGCCCAUGGUAUUGCUUAUUGGGCAAUACUCAACCGGCAAGACCACCUUCAUCAGAUACCUCCUGGAACAGGAUUUUCCAGGGAUGAGAAUUGGACCUGAACCAACAACUGAUUCCUUCAUUGCUGUGAUGUAUGGAAAAGAAGAAGGCAUCAUUCCUGGCAAUGCACUUGUUGUGGAUCCCAAAAAACCCUUCCGAAAACUGAAUUCUUUUGGAAAUGCUUUCUUAAACAGGUUCAUGUGUGCUCAGCUGCCAAAUCAAGUGCUGGAAAGCAUUACUAUUAUUGACACACCUGGAAUCCUCUCUGGGGAGAAGCAACGCAUGAGCAGAGGAUAUGACUUUUCAGAAGUCUUGAGAUGGUUUGCUGAACGAGUUGAUCGCAUAAUCCUGCUGUUUGAUGCCCACAAGUUGGAUAUAUCUGAUGAGUUUUCAGAGGCUAUCAAGGCACUAAGAGGCCAAGAUGACAAAAUCAGAGUUGUUCUGAACAAGGCUGAUCAAGUUGAUACACAGCAACUGAUGAGGGUAUAUGGUGCCUUGAUGUGGUCCCUUGGCAAAGUGAUUGACACCCCUGAGGUCGUCCGUGUCUACAUAGGUUCUUUCUGGUCAAAACCCCUCCAGAUUACAGAAAAUCGGAAACUCUUUGAAAUGGAAGCAGAGGAUCUCUUCAAGGAUAUUAAGAGUUUACCCCGGAAUGCUGCACUACGUAAACUUAAUGACCUCAUCAAAAGAGCCAGGCUUGCAAAGGUUCAUGCGUAUAUCAUCAGUUACUUAAAGAAGGAGAUGCCAGCAAUGUUUGGAAAAGAUACAAAGAAAAGAGAAAUGAUAAGCAGACUUCCAGAGAUAUAUAUGAACCUCCAGCAGGAACAUAAUAUCUCUGCUGGUGAUUUUCCCAAUGUAAACAAAAUGCAGGAAAUGUUGCAGUUAUAUGACUUCAGCAAAUUUCAUAGUCUAAAACCCAAACUGCUUGAGGCAGUAGAUGAAAUGUUAGCCAAUCACAUUGCCCAACUGAUGAACUUGAUCCGGCGUGAAGAAGCAAGCCAGCCAGCACAGGAAGUGACAGGUGGCGCGUUUGAUGGCAAUGUUAAUGGACCCUUUAAUGAAGGCUAUGGUGAAGGAGCUGAAGCAGGAAUAGAUGAGAGUGAGUGGAUUGUGGCAAGGGAGAAGUCAAAAUAUGAUGAAAUUUUCUACACACUGUCUCCAAUUAAUGGCAAAAUCAAUGGGAACAAUGCAAAGAAAGAAAUGGUCAAGUCUAAAUUGCCAAACACUGUCUUGGGGAAGAUCUGGAAAUUGGCUGACUACGAUCAUGAUGGAAUGCUGGAUGAUGAGGAAUUUGCUCUGGCCUGUCACCUGAUUAGCAUUAAACUUGAAGGCUAUGACUUGCCUGGUGAAUUACCAGAGCACCUCAUACCUCCAUCCCAAAGAAAGAAUUGAGUUUAUUUAGCAGUUUAGGAUGGAGUCUAACUGGUGAUGGGAUGGGAGAAAGAGCUGAUUUUUAAAUUCAAGGGUAUGAUGGAAAGAUGUGCAGGUUCUGCUUUAAAAUAAAAGCCAAAGUACUAUAUGUUCUAAAGCUAAGCUAGGCAUUUAAACUUUUAUGUUAAAUUGUGUGCUUUUAACAGUGGUAAAAAUACUGGUGUUCCUCAUUGCAGUUUCUAAAACUUACAUGCCCCCAGAGUGCACAUUGUGAUAAAUUAAUUCAAUGUUUUCUAUAAUUUGUUUCUACAAUCUCCUGACUGAUUUCAGUUGUGCAGAGAUAUUUCUAUUUUUUUAAUUAUCUAAGUCUAUUUAAUAUUUCAGCACUUGUCAUCUCCCUGUUAUCUGGAUUGCUGGGAAAUCUGACAAGUUUGAUGUGUUUUUAGUGCUUUCAAGACAGGAAACUUCAUGCUCCUGAGAGGGCUGCCAAUAUGCAGUACCCCAUUGGGCCAGGGUUUGUUACAGGCUUCAUCUUCUACUUCAAAUAAUUUUAUGACUGCUAACUGUAUAUAAGUAAAACAUCUUAAAAGAGCCUUGCACUGUAAAUUGGAAACUCAAGAUAGCUCUUUGGCAUGUACUGUUUGGAUUUGACCUAUGCAUUAACUGGUUAAUCCAUUCUAUUAGUGUUGUCAAAGUAGAGUUUAUAUGUAGGCUACUUUUACCAAAUCAUUUAAAACUUCCUGGGGGAAAGAUUGCAGUGGGCAAAAUUUAGCAAUUGGUUCUUGCCUUCAAAUAUUUUUACUAAUUGGAAAAAAGGCAAAAACUGUGAAGGAGGAAGUUUUGUGUGCUGCCCUGGCCAUAACACUGAGUAGCAACAUAUUUACAAGGAGGCAAAGGGUCAAAUCCCAGAAUCUGUACCAGUGCAAUAACAGUAUGAAUCAUGUGAUGGAGAAUGAAGUAUUUACAUUCUACUGAAAACUUGAAAAAAAAAAUACAGCUAUAUUUGACAAUGUACGCUAUACAUGUCAAAAAGAUGUGCUCCAAUGCCUCAUCACAAAUGACUGAUCUGCUGAAAGCAGAUGCUGUUCCUCAUUUUUAAUGUCAUUGCACUUCACAAUGGUUUUGGAGACUGAAAAUAAUCUGAUCUGGUGUAAAAGGUGAUGUCCCAAUAGGGACAUGCAUGCUCUUGGCAGGAAUGGUAAAUUUUGAGGUGUAUCUAUAUUCAAAAUAAUGGCAGAAGAUUGCAUUUAUAGCAUGAUUAACAUGGAACUCUCAAACUAGUUCAAGAAAAGGGUAUCAUGAAAAAUAAAUUACACUUCUAAGUUGAACUUGACAGUGUGGAUAUGAAAGAGUAAUGCACAUUAUACAUUGUAACACACAAUGUAUAAGUAGCUGCAAAGUAGCUUGAUCUAUGCAAUUACACAUGCUUUCUUUUUUCAUGUUUGGAACGACGGUCUUAAAAAUCCAAACUAGCCUGCACUAAAUCUUUAUUAGCUCUAUGGUCAGUGCUUCUAGAGGGUAAGGAAUAGCAAAUAUUAUUAAACUACAUUGUGUUUUGAAACAUGCCAAAAUCAAUGUAUCAACUGAGUGCAGAAUAUAUGCAUGCUUGUGCUACUAACAUUUCUUUAUUACAUUAUUUUGCUGCACAUUUGAAUAAUGUGCUAAAUCAGCAAAGUGUAAAUUUGUUUCUUGAUCAUCUGUAAUUUCUUAACAGGGUGAACUGCUGAAAACUAUAAUUUGAGAGCUGAUGAAACCAUUUUGGUUAAUAUACUUUUGCAAGCCUCGUCAAAUCCUGAAAUUUUAGGAAGAGUUCAAUUUCUAAACUCAGCCAGCUUCAGUCCAGUACAGGGAAAAUCAUGAUUUAGGUUAGUUCUAUUGAGUGCAGAUAAUGUGACUGCAAGUUUUCAUAGAAGUUUUGUUUCAAUUUAUGAGAUAUAGUUGAUUUAAGCAUAUUUCUAUUUUUUUAGAUGUAUUGAAUUGUCAGGAGAAUAUAUAAAAUACUGAACAUGGAAACUGCUGGCUCUACCACUAAAUUGUCAGUAAGGAUUUAGAAGGUGUUCAUUGGAACUUCCUUAGAAAUUUUAAGAAUUCAUACACCUUUCUAUCCAAGCAUCCUUAUAGUAAUGAAUGGGGGGAAGUCAGAUUAUAACUGUAGAAAGGAAGUGUGAGCUGUUGUAAAUGAUCUCACACAGCUAAUGAAAAGUAAAGCAUCUAUGCUCUCGCAAAUAAAUAUGGCUCCCAAACUUUUUCCUGGAUAUGUUUCUAGGCAUAUUGGUAAUUUGUGGUAAAGCUGCAAUCUGCCUGUUUUCUUCACUAGGAGUGUCUAAAUUAUAAAUGGUAUAAAUUAUAAAUAUUUCUUGACAUUUGUCUGUCUAAAUGUUGUAAAAGUUGUCAUUUUGUUUUGGAUUUUUGACUAGAAUUUCACUCUACAUUGCAACUGUCUCACCUAGCAUUGCUGUUCACGAAAAUUUUAAUUGCUCUGUGAACUAUCCCAGCUGUUCAGAAUAAUUCAGUUGUUAUAAAGUUUGUGUAUUUCUCUUCCAUGGUUGCCAAUUAUUUUAAACAUCUGUUCAAAACAGCAAGCUGUACUAGUUUGGAGCUGAAAUUCUAAACCUUUACUGAAAUGAGGAAAUGCUAAACCAUUAAUAACUGAGGACAUGACGAUAACUGUGAGGCAAAGAACAAACUGAGUCAACUGUUGACUGCCACCUGCAGGCCUGUUAAUGAAAUGUUACCUCCAGAAACAUUACUGAAGAAAACUGGCAUAAGAGAACUUGACUCGUGCAUUUCCAGUUAGAAGAACAGCAGCCAUGAAUCCAAAAAGUUCAAUCUGCAUUUAUAAACAAAUUCUGAGAAAUAACAGGGAUUUGCAUUGAGUUUUCAAUAUGGUUCCCCUGUGUCAGAAGAUAAUUGAAAUAGAAUCUAGUCAGUUCCUGGGGGAAAAAAAUGCUGACAUUGUUCAAACUAUUCUUUUUCUCCACUAUCCAAAAUGAAGAAAUGAAUAAGGUUUUUAAAUAGUCUUUGUUUUUCAGGAGAAUACAAAUUUAACUGGAAAAUAUUCUAUAUUAAUGGAAUAGAUCUGUUUUACAAUUAGCCAGCAUCUUUAAUAUUGUGGUUUUCUUUAAUUAUACAGCAUGUUUCAUAGUUUUUCUCAGUAUAAUAACAUGAAAUAGUGCCUUCGGCAAUGUGGAUGUUGGUGGUGUGGAGGCUGUAAAGAAUGUUUAUUGUGAGCUUUCAAAUGAAGAAUGAGCCUGGGGUGGGUGUUUCUUUGAAUUUCCAAGUUCUACUGUCCUUGCUGUCACUGCUAUAAAACAAAGCCUCCUCUGUCAGUGUAGUGCUGCAACUUCAGAGUACUUCACUAGAUCAUUUCGGAGGGAAAUUUACUGUAGUUAUGAUGACUUCAGUGACUCUGAUAUUAAUUUGUAAUUUUGAGUCAGAUAUCAAUACAAAAUAAAUAUACUACUGAUAAUGAGUUAAGUUUUAGGCCUUUAUUAUAGUAGUAAAUAAAUUGCAUUUUAGGAAGUACAUGAAAUUAUAAUAGGAGGGCUGUAAUGAACAGUAUACACACAUCGAAGCUGCUUUGAAAACUAUGUUUUAAUUAAUAACAUUUGCUGCUUCUGUAUUUUUAUUGCCUGCACAAGGUGAUGUUCCUGACAAUGCCCCUUACUCUCAGAUUUAUAUUAAUUUAGGUGUCAUAUCAUGGAAGGUAGUCCGUCAUUAAUAUUGCCUGCAAACUCAAAGAAUUCUUGAAGAUUUACAUGAUUGGUGAUUUCACAACAUCCUAGAACAUCUGUUUAGAUUUUAAUUACUUUUGUUUUCAGUUUUAUCAAAAUCUUAAGAAUCCUCUGCAUCUUCUACCUCAGAAAAUGUCUUUUUAAUGUCAUGUCAGUUGCCUGAGCCUGCUUUUUAUCAGAAGAUUUUCAGGCCACUAUAUUUUAUUUAGAAGGAAUAACAGCUUGCCUUUCUGCUUGAGAUAGUGUAGUUCACCAGAGUAAUCCAGUGGUCUAGGUGUGCCCUAAAACUAAGUUUUCUAUUUAUAGUGAUGCGUUCUUCGGGUAAGUUUGCACUUGGAUAAAAUGCAAAUAGUUCUAUUAUCUUUACUACAGUGCUUUAUGUAGAAGUUAAACAUUUGCCCACAAAUCACAGCAUUUUAGUUUUAUAAAUGCUGAAAUAUGUUGUACCAAUCUGUACGGUUAUUAUAACUGAAAAGAGUUUAUAUUUACUUCCCAUGUUUUAAUCAAAUUUUAUGAUAUAUUCAAAAAUACAAAUCCAGCAAUUAAAUGCACUUCACUGCUGCCAAAUUCCAUCUCCCACUGACUGCAAGCUUAGUAGAGUCUGUCUCACUCCUACAGCUGCAUACUUUCCUACAGCAACACAUGAAUGAUGCAAUGAACACUAGAUUGCUUCUGAUGGGCAUUCUUUAUCUUAUGGUCAUUAAUCUAAAUAAGUUGCCCAAGUGAAAAGUUGUGUUAGCAUAAAUGUUGCUAAAGCAUUAUUGUUGCUGGGGGUUUGAAGUAAAUGAUGCUGUUCCUCUCAUAGUGAAUAUGUCAAAUCUUCCAAUCUUCAGAGAAAAAGCUUCUUGCAGCAGGCAGUUGGGAAGCAAAACUCAAAAAUAGAUUGAGUAGGUGCAAAGAGUAAGUACCUCACACAUAGAAAAUCAAAAUGUCAUCAACUUGAUUUGAAAGGUGAAUAUAAUUUUUCAUUGUAUCACAGAGGCAGUUUGAUUUUGAUGCAUAUGGGUGAUUUUGAUUACCUGCUUAUACUGUUCCUCAACCCUGAAGCCACUGUUCUGUGGAUAUUAUUGGUUAACACCUUCCAUAUUGCACCAUUCAUUUAUGAAGUAAGCUCAAGUCUGGCACAUUGAAGUGAGAACACACUUCAAAGUAUUCCCCAAGAUUAUUAUGAUGUAAUCAUUUUACUUGCCAUCCUUAAAGUAAUCAAGAAAUAGAUUUUCUGGGAAUAAAACUGAAUAUUAGGUUGCGCAUAAGAUUAAUGAUUCUGUAUAUUUUAAAAUCUAUUUCUGCUGUAGACACUGUAAUCUAUAAAUUCUAAUCCUGAGUUUAGCACAUCUAUUUUUUUAAUCAUAUCUAAUGAAGAUGAGAGAUUUUAUCAUUUUAAUUGUUACAUUUAUAUCUUCAGUGUGAAAUUGCAUUAAAAGAUUCUCUAUAAAUAAAAUUUUAGU